UGAACAGCAGUUUGACCCUUGGGCAAAAUGAAACUUCUUGGAUAUAUUUAUAUUCUGAGCUCUUGGAUAAAAUGUGCCCACCCGGAGCCAGCCUUAGUCCAGACUCCAAGGGAAGUACUGGCGACCGAAGGCGAUAAGAUCGAACUCACCUGCAGUUUGAAAGGGGCAUCACUCGAAGACGUAUUCUGGUACAAAUUCAACCACAGCUCCACAGGGCAUUUUCUGAAGUCGGCCAAUGUCCUGGAUAAGCAGGUCAAUGGAGUUGGAAUGACUGAUCGGUUCACUGUGAACAGAGACACCUUUCGACUACAGUUCAGGUUAACGAUCAAGGACUUGACACUCUCCGACAAAGGCACCUACAUCUGCCUCAUCACCAAAUCUCAAGCCGCGUACACGGGAGAUGGAAGCGUGGUGACCGUAGUUCCAGCGAGACAGCAAGUGACUUCGCCGCCUCCAACUGCAAAAGGCCGCACAAUCUAUCGCGACCAGUACCCGAACACUCGUCGCAAGAAGAAAGCGGAUAGUAACGGGUAUGUGUGCAGCUGGACUAUCUGGGGCUCAUUGAUUGCCUGCAACCUCCUGUUGCUGAUUUCCAUCGUUUCUAUUGUCAUCCACCGUAGAAAGAAGAGUAAGAUUCCCCGGAGGCGAUGUCCCCACCAGUUUCGGAAAAGGUAAUUAACACAUCAAAAACAUCACAAGACCGACAUGCGGAGAAAGGACUGGAAUGUUAUCGCAAACGUUUUUGUGCUUUUGAAAGUUGCAGUCAGAACUUUAUACUAUUGAACUCAGUCUCAUCUACCUUUUGCCCUGUUAUAUUGUUACCAUUCUGUUUCUUUUGGUUUUGAAAACUGGGAUGAAAGAGUAUACACAUCUGUGAGUAACUCCUAGCAGGUUUAAAGGCAUUCGGGGCUUCAAUCUUUGCUUUUCCUUCGAGAUUACAUGGUCCCAGGAGUGA